ACAAAAGGCGAAGUAGCCUGACUAGGGCUAAGUCUGCAGACAGAGAGGGAGUCAUCUCAUUGGCGCCUGAGCCAGCAAAGAAGUCAAGAUGGCCAAAGUUCCUGACCUUUUUGAAGACCUGAAGAAUUGUUACAGUGAAAAUGAAGAAUACAGUUCUGAAAUUGACCAUCUUUCUCUGAAUCAGAAAUCCUUCUAUGAUGUGAGCUAUGACCCACUUUAUGAGGACUGCAUGUCUCUGAGUACCUCCAAAACCUCAAAGACAUCUCAGCUUACCUUCAAGGAGAAUGUGGUGGUGGUGGCAGCCAAUGGGAAGGUUCUGAAGAAGAGACGGUUGAGUUUAAAUCAAUUCAUCACUGAUGAUGACCUGGAUGGCUUUACCAAUGAUGCAGAAGAAGAAAUCAUGAAGCCCAGAUCAGUAGCAUACAACUUCCAUAGCAAUGAAAAAUACAACUAUAUGAGGAUCAUCAAAUCCCAAUUCAUCCUGAAUGACAACCUCAAUCAAAGUAUAAUUCAACAAACAGGGGGAAAUAACCUCAUGGCUGCUGCAUUGCAGAAUCUGGAAGAUGCAGCGAAAUUUGACAUGGGCGCUUAUACAUCAGAAGAUUCUAAACUUCCUGUGACUCUAAGAAUCUCAAAAACUAGACUAUUUGUGAGUGCCCAAAAUGAAGAUGAACCUGUAUUGCUAAAGGAGAUGCCUGAGACGCCCAAAACCAUCAGAGAUGAGACCAACCUUCUCUUCUUCUGGGAACGUCAUGGCACUAAGAACUACUUCACAUCAGUUGCCCAGCCAAAGUUGUUCAUUGCCACACAGGAACGAAAACUGGUGCACAUGGCAAGAGGGCAACCCUCUAUCACUGACUUUCAGAUACUGGAAACCCAGCCUUGACUCUAGAGUCUACUUACUUGUGAAGUGUUGACAGUCCAUAUGUACUAUGUACAUGGAGGAGUCAAAUCCUUUACUUAGUCACUUUCUGAGCAUGUGCUGAGCCUUUGUAAUUCCAAAUGAAUGUUUACUCUCUUUGUAAGAGAGUGAGCAAGGUCUAAUGGAACAACACUAACAUAUGAUGUUGUUUGUUAUUUAAAGAACACCCUAUACUUUGCAAACUACCAAUCAGUUUAAUUAUUAUUCUUCAUAAUAAUCUUGGGAGGACUGG